CUCUCUCUCUCUCUCUCUCUCUCUCUCACAUCAACCCUGCAGCACCUUGCCUACCUUGUCUGCCCCGAUCCUUUACACGUACACCAGUCCCCCGCCGGUCGCCCCCAAGUAAACAUCUGCACCGCCUCCCAACCAUGUCCACAUUCACCUAUCUCCUAGCUGUGGCAACAGUGGUAGCGGCACUGUCUGGCCGCGCCGAAUGUCGCCCGCAGACUGCGGAGACAAGAGAUGUGGAGGCGGUGGGUGGUGAGCACCAGGGGGUCCAUCCUGUGUUCUUCUUCAAUGAAAACAAAUACGGGACCAUUGCCGGAGAGGUCAUCACGGGCACAGGCAAUCUCUUCGUCGGCAAGCGCCAGAAGAAGAAGCCUCGCGAUGGUCCCAGCGUCUCCGCCCUGGUGGCUGAACCUCCUGUAGCCUCCGUCGGAGUGUCUGCCGGACUCUCCUUGGUCCCCUCAGAAGCCAAGGUGGAGCUCGCCGCAUCACGCUAACUACCACAGCAUUUAUUUAGCCUAUAAUCAAAGGCCCGUAUUUUGGAACGCUUUGGGUUCUCACUACGACCAUUUUCACAGGCCGCGCAAGUGAUUGAUCGAGUUCUCAUGGUUGUUAAUAUUUUUCAUUGAUGUAGAAUUCUUGUAAUGUUAAACACUCACUGGAAUCAAGAAAACACCAUUGACAUUCCCGUUAACUUUCACUAGAGCCUGUUGAAAGUGGUCGAGAUAUGAUGCUGUUGAAACAUUUGAGAAAUACGGUCCGAGGGUGAUAGACAGGCAGAAUGUAGCCUAUAAACUUGUCUGUAAUGUCCUCCUUGCUGCUGUUGUUGUUACAUGAUAUUAAAGAAAAAUAUCCAC